AUGUCCCGCAUCUCCUGCGCUGUUGAUCUUGUCGUCCCCGCCACCUAUCGAGAGACCUGGAAACAGCAAAACCCCUUGUCCAAGUCCCAAGAUAACGGAGCAGUUCUGCUCCCCCAGGGGGUGGCGAUCAAAAGCGAGGAGUAUUCCUCCUCACGAUGCCCAACCACGAAGCCCAACGGCUUUCAAACAAUACCCUUAUAUCGUUAUAUGCUUUCUAAGGAACAGAUAGGAGGAUGUCUAUCAGGUGGCUACUGA